GUGAGACGCACGGUGACGCAGUUCCUGGGCGCGCCAAUCCCGGGCUGGCUGGGAGGGCGGGCUCUUCAAAUUUGAAUUCCCAAGCUGUUCAGGUGUUAGGGAACCUCACCGAGAAAGUGAGCGUCACCUGGGGCUAGGCCGCUGCGAGCUGGGGCCGACUUGGGCCAGAGGCGCGAGUCUUGGGGCGCCCAGGUCCCCCGCUCCAGCACGAAGCCGAGCCCAGACUGCAGCCGUCUCGCCAUGCCAGGCCCUUCACCCAAGGUUCUUCUGGCCCCCUGCUGAAGGUCUAUCCUGAAAAUUGUGUUUAAGUGAAUAUUCUGUUAGAGGAAAUUUGUUGCUACUGUUUAUCAAGAUGAUUGCAACACCUUUGAAACGUCCAGGAAUUCACUUGUCUUCAGAGACAUCUUCUCAGAGGAGAAACAUGCCCAUGCAUGCAGUCUUUUUUGACAACAUUCCUUCAGGCACACUUACUCCUGUAAAAGAUUUGGCGAAAUAUCAGAAGUCCUCUUUAAAAUGGAAUGACCAUAAAAAGAGUCAGUUCCUAGAAGUAACAGUUUUUAAUAAUAAAAAUAUAUUUCAAUCUACCAUGCUAGCAGAGGCUACCGCCUCUAACAGUUCUCUUGAUAUCAGUGUUAUAAAGCCUAACAAGGAUGGAUUAAAAAAUAAAGCAAGCUAUGAAUCACCAGGAAAAAUAUUUCAAAGAAUGAAAGAAAAAGUACUACGUAACAAGCAAGAACAAGCAUCAAGAAACAGUUUGUUGGAACCACCAAAAAAUGAAAGUAAUAAAAUUUUCACUCCUAACGGAGCUGAGGAAGGAGUAUUACAGCAUACCUACCUCUGUGAAGAAAAGGAAAACAACAAAUCAUUCCAGCCAGAAGACAGUUCACUAAGAGCCUCAGUCCAAGAAGUUCCUUCAGAAUCAUCAAAUAAUACUUUCCUGUCAGUCAAGCAAAAGAUUCAAUAUCAGCAGGAAAAGAAGGCACCUCUAUGCAAUUUAACUUAUGAGCUUCCAAUUCUGAACCAAGAACAUGAAAAUGAUUCAGCUGCAGGAGUCUCAAACAAGGCAUUAACUAGAGCUCAGUUGGCUAGACAAGUUCUUCACUCAAAGGAGAAUACAGUUGCAACCACUAAGUCCAAAAAGGACACGUUUGUUUUAGAAGGCACUGAUUCUACCUGUGAAAAAUCCCAAAAUACCACCAUUGAGACUCUCUGUGUUCCUUUUAAAAAUGGCAGUCAAUUAAUGGUUUCUGAUGAUAGUAAGAUUACAACAGAAGGCACUUCAGAACAGGAAAUUAAGGAAGGAAAUGAGAAAACAAUGCCCAGAGAGACUGAUCUUCCAGGUUCCAUGAAUGAUACAUGUAAAAUUGUGCUUGCAACUCCAAGAUUUCAUAUAGGAAUACCUCAGAGAUCAAAAAGCAAUGCCUGGAAGCUUUCUCCAAGUACAUGCCAAACUAUUACAAAUGGAGUUAAAAAAAAUAAGGUAGUCCAGCUACAGGAAUGGAUGAUUAAAGUCAUCAAUGAUAACACUGCUAUAUGUGUAGAAGGAAAAUUGAUAGACAUCACUAACAUAUAUUGGCACAGUAAUGCAAUUAUAGAACGGAUUAAGCACAACAAACUUAGGACUUUAUCAGGCAACAUUUAUAUAUUAAAAGGAAUGAUAGACCGGACUUCCAUGAAAGAAGCAGGUUACCCAAAUUAUCUCAUAAGGAAAUUUAUGUUUGGAUUUCCAGAAAAAUGGAAAGAGUACAUUGAUAAUUUUUUAGAACAGUUAAGGUCUUGUGAAAAGAAAGAAGGAAAGGCCAGACAAAAACAGAAAACUGAAAGAGUUGUUCCUGACAUUCGAAAAUCAAUGAAAAAUGAUGCAGGGGGAAAAAAAACAGAUGUCCUCCAAAGAGCCACUGCCACUUAUGACCUUGAUUGCGAUCAUUUGGAGAGAACUGAAGAAUCCAAAGUAUCCGUUGAUAUUCUAACAUCAAGGGAACAGUUUUUCUCAGACGAAGAAAGAAAAUAUAUGGCUGUUAAUCAGAAGAAACCUUAUAUUUUAGUAACACCACUCAAAUCUAAAAAAAUUAUAGAGCAAAAGUGCAUGAAUUAUAAUCUAUCCUUUGGCACCAUUAAAGCAGUAACAGAUUUUGCAGUGCGAAAGCAUCAAAAAGAAAGUAAAUCAAACUUAAGUGAACCUACAAGUCCAAUCAGCAAGCCCACAAAGACUUUAGAAAGUACAUUUGAGUAUAGUGUGGGUCAUAAAAGUAAAAACAAGGAAGAUUGUAGUGAAUGUGAUUUACUCACUGUCAACCAGAAAAUAAAAAUACCUAGUCCUAAAAAGGAACAAACAGUCACCUCUGACUUUAAGAAAAAUACAAGGUUAUCAAAAUUGAAGAAAACUGAAAAUCAAAUAACUGUGUCAUUUUACAAGCAUCAGUCCUCAUCAGAUUUGUCUAAUGAAGAGAGUGAAAAAGGAAAGGAAUUUAGAAGGAAAGCUGGGGUUAAGAAAACCAGAGCAAGAAAUACCGAAGAAAUAGUGGUUCACUUGAGAAAAAGCACAAGAAAAACAAGGACAAUCCCAGUGAUGUCUGAAUCUGAAACUGAGGAGAGUGAAAAUGAACUUCUUAUGAAACAGAAGAAAGCUAGAUGUUCCGCUAAAGAAAAUCUUCAGAAAUCUGAUAUUAGCAAUGAGCUUCCAGUUAUUGAGACAAUGGGAUCUGGCAAGACGAACAGAUCUUCCUUAGCAUGUUUACCUGGUUUAAUUCAGGAUGAGGAAUGGAAUAAGAAAGAAUUACAGAAACUUCAUUGUGCUUUUGCAUCUCUUCCAAAGCACAAACCUGGUUUCUGGUCAGAGGUGGCUAUGGCUGUAGGUUCUCGAUCUGCUGAUGAAUGCCAGAGGAAAUACAUGGAAGAUCCCCGAGGAAAAAGAUCUCAGAAACAUGUCACCAAGAAAAAGCCAGUCAACCCCAAAGGCAAGAUCAGUGAUUCUGAUAAGAAGCAGACUAUUAAGAUAACUGCCAAAGUGGGAACUCUUAAAAGGAAGCAGCAGAUGAGGGAUUUUCUGGAACAGUUGCCAAAGGAUGACCAUGAUGAUUUUUUCAGUACAACACCUUUGCAGCAUCAAAGAGUACUGUUACCAAGUUUCCGGGACAGUCAAGAAGAGGAUGAUGUUCUGCCAAAUAUGGACAGAAAUCCAACAAGUCCAUCAUCGGUAAUCUUUCCACUGGCAAAAACUCCUCAGUGUCAGCAUGUCAGUCCUGGCAUGCUAGCCUCUAUAAAUAGGGCUGACUGUGAUAAAUAUGUUUUUCGUAUGCAAAAACCCCAUAAAAGUAAAGGUGGCACUGUCUGGGGCAAUAUCAAGAAAAAAACAAUUGAAAGUGAUUUUUCAACUCCACCAUCAAGAAGAAAAACCCCAUUUAACAAAGAAUUAGCAGAAAACUCUGGUAUUGGAAAACUUUUCACUAAUGCUAUGGAGUCUUUAGAGGAAGAAGAGAAAGACUCUUAUUUUUCGAACUCUGAUUCUGCAUAGUAAAAAUGAGAAUAUUUCCAGGAUGUUUAUCAAGAAGCAGUGUAUUUGUAUCUUCAUUUGAAGGAUGUAUAUUUUUUUUAUAAUGUAGCUUCAUAUGAUAUUGCAGACUCUUUUUCAAAGGUU